AAAUUCUAAUUAUUACUACAUUUGUAAAGGUCUGCUUGUAAACAGCUAAGAUGGCUUCUCCUUUGGAAAAUUUAGAAACACAAUUAGAACUUUUUAUCGAAAAUGUUCGACAGAUUCGUAUAAUAGUUAGUGAUUUUCAACCUCAGGGACAAAAUGUGCUCAAUCAAAAAAUACAAGGAUUAGUUAACGGAUUACAAGAAAUAGAUAAACUCAAAUCACAAGUUCAAGAUGUACACGUGCCUUUGGAAGUGUUCGAUUAUAUCGAUCAAGGUAGAAAUCCACAAUUAUAUACUAAAGAUUGUAUCGAAAAAGCGUUAACUAAGAACGAACAAGUUAAAGGAAAGAUAGACGCAUAUAGGAAAUUUAAAGCUAAUAUGUUAGUGGAAUUAAAUCGAGUUUUUCCAAAUGAAUUAGCUAAAUACAGAGCAGUACGUGGAGAUGAAUGAAGGAGAAUCUAAAUAUUAAACGAUUUGCUAUAAGGCUGAUAUAUGUAUUAUACAUGUGUAUGAAAUAUUUCAUUAUCAGAUCUUGUUUGCUUAAUUGAAAUGGAUUAUUAUUUUGUAUAUAUUAGACAAAAACAGUAAUCAUUUUGAUUAUUAUUUAUAAUUUCAAUAGUAAUAAUAAUAAUAAUAAGAGUAAUACUGAUAUGUUU